CACCCGUUCUGUCACAGCUCAGUCGGUCGGUGCGUGUUUUUCAUCUUUCUUCGCCUCGUUCAUCGCGGAAUCGCGAUCCGUCGUAAUUUCCUUUCGGAAAAUCCAUUCAGAAUCGGUUCAUUUCCUCGUAUUUUUUGUGUAGCGCUUCGUUAAAGUGUCGCUCCAUCAUGGGUAUCCUGGAGAAAAUCUCCGACAUUGAAAAGGAAAUCGCCAAAACCCAAAAGAACAAAGCAACUGAAUACCACUUGGGAUUGUUGAAGGCGAAACUUGCCAAGUACCGGUCGCAGCUGCUCGAGCCCUCAAAGAAGGGCGAAAAGGGUGAGGGUUUCGAUGUGCUGAAAUCCGGCGACGCACGAAUUGCGCUGAUCGGGUUUCCCUCGGUGGGAAAGUCUACGUUGCUGUCGACGUUGACCAAAACGGAAUCCGAAGCGGCGAACUAUGAGUUCACCACGCUGACGUGUAUUCCGGGAGUAAUCGAGUACAAGGGAGCCAACAUCCAGCUGCUGGAUUUGCCGGGAAUCAUUGAAGGUGCCGCCCAGGGCAAGGGUCGUGGUCGGCAGGUUAUUGCCGUGGCCCGAACGGCGGAUCUGGUCCUGAUGAUGUUGGAUGCCACGAAGCCUAAUGUGCACCGCGAACUGCUGGAGUACGAGUUGGAAUCGGUGGGACUAAGACUGAACAAGAGGAAACCGAACAUCUACUUCAAGAUUAAGAAGGGAGGCGGCGUGAGCUUCAAUGCAACAUGCACCCUGACGAGAUGCAAUGAAAAGAUGGUCCAGACGAUUCUGCACUCGUUCAAGAUCUUCAACGCUGAGGUGCUGUUCCGAGAGGACUGCACUGAGGAUGAGUUCAUCGAUGUGGUCACGGGCAAUCGAAUCUACUUGCCGUGCAUUUACGUGUACAAUAAGAUCGAUCAGAUUUCGAUUGAGGAGGUGGAUCGUCUGGCUCGGCAGGAUUUCAGUGUGGUAGUUAGUUGUAAUAUGCAUCUAAACCUGGACUACCUGUUGGAGGUGCUGUGGGAGCACCUGAUGCUGAUUAGAGUGUACACCAAGAAGCCCGGCGCGCCUCCAGAUUUCGACGAUGGAUUGAUCCUGAGAAGGGGCGUAUCGGUUGAACACGUGUGUCACGCUAUCCAUCGAACCCUGGCCGAUCAAUUCAAGUACGCGCUGGUUUGGGGCACUUCGACGAAAUAUUCUCCCCAACGAGUCGGAAUUUCGCACAUUAUGCAAGACGAAGACGUUAUCCAAGUGGUGAAAAAGUAAAUCAGGUAUGUUCGUUCUGGGGCAGCAUCUUCUGGACUAUCGAUGCCUAUUUCAUGAUUUAUGCGGUUUUCCAAUUGAGAGCUGUUUGUGACUGCUAGACAAGCGAAACCAUCAAGGCGAGGGAUGUCGUUGGAAAUGAUAAACAGCGCACGAUAAGCAGUGGUUAAUCAUUUAUUAUUAUAAAGUAACUAUUAUGUAUCGAG